AUGCAGUACCUCUCCCUUUAUCACGGUCUUUUGUUUGCUGAUGGUUUCUCCGCAGAGAGGUAUCGAUGUUAUGAUGAUACACACGGCUACGCUGCUAUCAUUGUAACCACUUACACUGAAUAUGUUGCGAGCUUUGACGCUAGCCCGUGGACAAACUUCGCCAACGAGCCCCUUGCUGGCCAGCUUUGUUUUACAUUCUCAGAGGUCGCUGUUUCCUUGCUUACUGACAUCGCAAAGAUCCUUCCUUUGUACUAUUUCAGCACCAGGGCAAUGAAAUUAGCAAAAUUUUACGCCGACGACUACCUAACGCAGCAGCAACAGCACUGGCAUGACGCUGAACUGUACCACUUGCGGUGCACUGAUUGCCCAUGGAAAGACGCCUGUCGUAUGGGAAGAAAUGGUCUUAGACUAGACUACUACGCUCUCAAACCAAACUAUUGUGAUGGGUGGCAAGGAGCUUUAGGAUCAUCCAAGCACCAUCAAAUCACUUCUACCUGGAUUGUGGUGCUGGUGAGGGACUGGGAGACGACCCAAUUAGAACAGAAAUCGCUGGUGCGACCCCUUCAGAAGCUAGUCCGAGGCGAGCAGAUUCUAUGGAGUGGACAGUCUGGUCUCCAAGAUGUCGACCUGAUCGUGUGGCCACGCGCUGCAUCAUCAGCAGAAAUUUUCUGGAGUGAGAAGCAGCCCACUGGCGCUGCACUCAACGUCACCGGGGCACUUCCUCUCCUCAUUUGCACAUAA